AUGAAUGCAAGUGAGUUCCGCAAAAGAGGCAAAGAGAUGGUGGACUACGUGGCUGACUACAUAGAAGGCGUUGAGAAACGCCAGGUCUACCCAGACGUGGAGCCUGGUUACCUGCGCCCUCUGAUCCCUGCCACUGCCCCCCAGGAUCCAGAAACCUUUGAGGACAUCAUGACUGAUGUUGAGAAGAUCAUCAUGCCAGGGGUGACCCACUGGCACAGCCCCAACUUCUUCGCCUACUUCCCCACAGCCAGCUCGUAUCCAGCCAUGCUCGCGGACAUGCUGUGCGGGGCCAUUGGCUGCAUCGGCUUCUCCUGGGCUGCAAGCCCAGCGUGCACGGAGCUGGAGACCGUGAUGAUGGACUGGCUUGGAAAGAUGUUGGAGCUGCCAGAGGCAUUCUUAGCUGGGAGCAACGGGGAAGGGGGCGGAGUGAUCCAGGGAAGUGCCAGUGAAGCCACCCUGGUGGCCCUCCUGGCUGCUCGGACCAAAGUGACACGACAGCUACAGGCAGCAUCUCCGGAGCUGACACAAGCCGCCAUCAUGGAAAAGCUGGUGGCUUACUCAUCCGAUCAGGCACACUCCUCAGUGGAAAGAGCAGGACUGAUUGGUGGAGUGAAGUUAAAAGCUAUCCCCUCUGAUGGCAAGUUCGCCAUGCGGGCUUCAGCCCUGCAGGAGGCCUUGGAGAGAGACAAGGCUGCUGGCCUGAUUCCUUUCUUUGUGGUUGCUACACUGGGGACCACAUCUUGCUGCUCAUUUGAUAAUGUGUUAGAAGUGGGUCCUAUCUGUAACCGGGAGAACAUGUGGCUGCACAUCGAUGCCGCCUAUGCGGGCAGCGCUUUCAUCUGCCCUGAAUUCCGGCACCUUCUGAACGGGGUGGAGUUUGCCGAUUCAUUUAACUUUAAUCCCCACAAAUGGCUUUUGGUGAAUUUUGACUGCUCUGCCAUGUGGGUGAAAAACAGAAACAACUUAACAGGAGCCUUUAAACUGGACCCCGUUUACCUGAAGCACAGCCACCAGGAUUCGGGACUUAUCACUGACUACAGGCACUGGCAACUACCACUGGGCCGAAGAUUUCGCUCCUUGAAAAUGUGGUUCGUUUUUAGGACAUACGGCGUCAAAGGACUUCAGGCCUACAUCCGCAAGCACGUCCAGCUCUCUCGCGAGUUUGAGUCUCUGGUCCGCCAGGAUCCCCGCUUUGAGAUCUGUGCCGAAGUCACCCUGGGGCUGGUCUGUUUUCGGCUGAAGGGGUCCAACAAACUGAAUGAAGCUCUUCUGGAAAAGAUCAACAAUGCCAAAAAAAUCCACUUGGUCCCAUGUCACCUCAGGGACAAGUUUGUGCUGCGUUUCGCCAUCUGCUCUCGCUCGGUGGAGUCUGCCCACAUCCAGCACGCCUGGAAGCACAUCAGAGAGCUGGCAACCCAGCUCCUGCAAUCAGGGAAAGAGUAAACGCACGACAGCGGCAGAGACCAAAAGUGGAAAAGAAAUAUGUCUGAAAACUCGAAUGAAAAGAAGAUAAAUAUCAUCCUGGCUUCCUGGAAUGGCACCUGUAUUUCACCUCACCAGUCUCUCUCCAAAGUUAUCCAGAAGCUUAUGAUUCUAUCUAUUCAGUCUCUCAUCAACAAAGAAAUAUCAUCUGCUAUAUAUAUAAUAUAUUAAAAAUUAUAUUAAAAAUUAAUCUCAGUGGUUACAGCUUAUAUUCAGUAUUUGGCUGUGAUUUUUGUUGACUAAGAAAUCAUAGAUUUUCCUGCUCUUGCAGUCAUUAGUGGUGGUGGGUAAAGGUUUAUUGAAAGAUUUUCCUGGGCAAUCUACGAUAAUAUGAGAUUAUAUCUGUAGUUUUUAACAUUGUCUUUUGUAAUGUGGUUCAAAGCUUAAUAAACAAUUUGAGGUGCAACAGUAAUUGUGUCUGGUAAUAAGCUUGUUCUGCAUUGUUCCAAAUUGAUGACUUCAAUAUAGACUUCUUUUAAAAUAGCCAAAGAUAUGGCAUCCUUGGAUUUUCUAUACGGCAUUCAUUCAUUCAACAAAUACUUAUUGAGUGCUUAGUACAUGUCAGGGACCAUUCUGGAUGCAUUAACAACACACACGUUUUACUUAAAGAUGACUCCAAGUUCUAAGCAAACAAAUCCAGAACCAAGAUAUAUCCUGGGUCCACGUACAAGACCCAGUUCUACCACUGUAACGAGAAGAGAUUCUCUGACUUCCUGGGUCUUGGUUUCCUCCUCUGAUAAAUUCAUCUGCCCUAUAGAGUCUCUAUGAGUUGAAGUCAACUUGAUAGCAAUGGGUUUUGAUGGUAUUAUAAUGAAUAAACAAAUGAAGAGUGUUCCUGUAUAUAUAAAUGCCAGUAAGUGCACAGUAUUUACUCAAAUUAUUUCCCAGUCUUUAUUUGAAUCAUUUUUACUCCUAGCAACAUCUUUUUUGAACCACAAGAUUAGCUCCUGUCUCUUGGAAACUCUGUAAUUAUCAAAAGCACUUUCAGAAAGGGUCCUUGGUUGUGAAUAGGUAUAUUUGAAUUUCAAAGACUGCUGAUGUCUGUGUUAAUGUAAUUAAAUUGUUUUCUGUUUUUCAGAAAUCUGAAAAUGUAUCAGAUACCAUCUG